AUGAGCGAAGACCAAGUGCAGCCUGAGAAGCUGGCAUCCACAGAGACUGUUCAACCAGCCCAGCCAACGCAAGACCAGGACCAAAUCACAGAAGGUGUUGCUGACCUCAGUGUAAAGCCAAAGAAGAAACAACGAAAAGAACAAACCGAAGAAGAGUUCAACGAACAGAAAGCUCAAUUCCAGGCUUCAGGACCACAGAUCAAUACACAAGACUGGCUCUUCGACCAGACGCUUCUAGACAACCUAGAUAACCUGAAGAAAACCGACCGUGUCCAUAUGCUCCACGCCUGUGAAAAGGCAUAUUAUCUAAGGGAUUUUAACAAGUGUCUAUCGCUUAUAUCCCAGGCAGAGAAGCUCUUUGGUGUAGAGCUCGAGAAUACCACCAAGAACGAGGACAUCAAACUGGACUUUGCUGAGGCAGGUAAAAAGACGAAGAAGUCUCUGAAAGUUGAACGCCACGUCGUCGACCUUUUGCAUAUCAAGGAAGCUUGUCUUAAGAAGCUAGGAAGUCUGUCAUAG